AUGAGCAUCCGGAGUGGGAAGAGCGCCGGCAGGACCGAGACGCCCCCUCCACCGACUAUUCCGCCUCGGUCCCGGCUGCGUUCAUACUCGUCGCCGGCCGUCGAGUCUAUGGUUGAACGGAUUGCCGGUGCUAUGAUCGAGAUGGAAAAGCUGCAGGCAGACAUCGACUCGGUCGUCGAGAGGCAGAGCCUAUAUGCCAACAGUAGGCCAUCGACGGUCUGCAGGCAGGACUUCGAGCCGAUGCCUUCCAUCCCGGCCACGCCGUCUGCAGCGCCAUCUUUCGCCGAGCGACUGAGUACGGAGCGCCCAAAGACCGCACCGCCUCGCAAUAGCACGCCUAUCUCGCCGAUCACAGAAGAAGGGCGCAGCACACAGCCUAGUAUUGUGCCAGCGCCACUUUAUCUUCUCUCACGACGGACUGAGAUGGUCACACCUACUAAUGUGUCCCCGAAAACGCCACCGAUGGCACAAUCCCAGACUUCCAGAUCAUCCGAACUUUCUAUGUUAUCGGCUGCUUCGGUGGUGUCUGCAGCCACCGCAGCUACCAAAGCCAAAGCUGCCGCAUCUGCAUGGACGGGUUCACGAAUCAAUGGGCGUCCCAUCGACGUUCCCUUGGCGCCGCCUUUGCCGCUGGUGUUGCGGCCACCGCUGCGGAAAAAGAAGUCGUUUUCGCGGGUAUCGAACUGGCUUUUCCCUGGAGACAGCGGCCACAACAAUGCUAGCCAUCAGCAAAUGCAUAAGCGCGGUAUGAGCUUCGACUCGGUCACAAACCUUCCGCGGCCUGUGACCGACAAGGACGGGUAUUAUCAGUGUGUCCUGCCGCCUACUCUUGAUGGACGAACAUACGACCGAACCAGCAUGGACACCGCAUUGACCGUGGACACACUCUCUACAUGGACAACUGAGCGAGAGAACGAGAGAGGACAAACCUCAGAGCGCCAAACGGAGAUUGUGGACAACGGCAUGGAGGAGGACGAUUAUGAGUACGGGGACGAAGACCAGACAAUCUUGACGGACACAUGGUCACCAAGCAGCUCGCCGGUGACGAGUAGACAGGAAACGGCAACGACAACACCGUCAACGGUCACAACUAUGACCCCUGUUGUUGCGUCCGCCCUAGCCACCGAGAAGGCGUCUAAUUUCGGGAACGGUAUACUGAGCAGACCGCAAAGUGUUGGCGUGGCUUUUUGA